AGUUUCGUGUCACCCUCAUCCCAAUACAUUAAUUUCCUACCAUUCAGUUUUUAAUUUUUCGUGUUUGAUUUUUCACAAAUUCUUCUCUUUCCCCGGACAAGAAGAUUUUCCUGAUGAUCUUCUUUUCAAAUUGCCAUUUUCGCUCUACUCAAACUCAUCGGACCCACCGAUCAUGAGGGAACUGGCUCUGACCAUGUGGAAGACUAGCAGUUGCAGUGGGACCACGAUGAAAGCAGGACCCAUUGCAGGAUCCUACCUGCAGAGGCUUGCGCUUUGCGCCGUCGCAACUGCAUUGUGGCUGAGCCCAGCAGUGGUCAGUGGGCAGGAAGCCGGACAGGAGACAGAAGUGGGGCAAUUCUACCUGCAGCCGAACUACAACCCCGCUACCUUCGCUGCGGACAGCAAUCGUGUCGUUUGGCUCGCGAACGACGAGGAGGACAAUGCUCAAGACGGCGUUUCCCGACGCGAACUGGCUGCCAUCGGAUCCGACGUGGCCGCCGGUUUGCCGACUGCGGUCACCUACCCCGUCACCACCAAGCAGUACACUUCUAUUCAAGAUGCCGUGCUGACUGCGCGUGAAAACAAAACCUGCAACGUGAACGUGACGGAGAUCUCGGGCACCCUGUACCCUCAGUUGGUGCGCACGGCGGCCACCACGGCCACGACCGAGAACGACCGGAUUGUGACUUCCUUGACGCAGGAUGUGAUGAAGAAAGCCGUGCUGGACGCCAUUCUGGCCCUGAACCUGACCACCUCUGAUCCCACGGUGUUCGACCACAUCGACCGAUUCUCGAACUGGACCGUCACGGUCCAGGCCCUCGCGCCGACGGGGCCGGUGCUCAGCAAGUACUACCACACGCUGAAGUUGACGAUCGAGUACACUUUGCGGCUGGCGUUCCCCAGUGUGAUCGUCGACAGCAGCGGCAACUUCCGCGGAAACGCGAAUUCGCAGGCGGACAGCGUGAUGGCGGAGCAGCUGGCGUUGGCACUGUAUGACGACGCGGGCAGUACGCACUCGGAGUUCAAAGCCGCCUUCAGGACCUCGUUCGACGCGCAGCUGGCGACGCUGUUCACACCGGCCUCGGGCGAGACCGUGCAGCUGGACACGGCGUUUGAUAACUUGAUUGCGCCCAACGUGACGGAAACGGCGUUGCCGGAGUGCAGUUUCGAGCUCAAGUGCGGGUUCCCCUACGACAUGUACGACGUGGAAGUGCAGUUCAGCUUCCAGAGAUACCACGAACUGCUGCCCGCCGAGAACCCGCACGACAUGCUGAUUUCGGAAGCGGAGGCGGAGGCGAUGCACGCCCAGCUCGCGACCCCGGCUAUCUUGGGGAACGCGGUGCUGGACAUUUUGCGCGACAACGGGAUUGCGACCGAAACUUUGUUGCACGAGCGUGUUAGCGGGUCCGCCGUUUCCCCGAUGACGACGCCGUUUCCGGCGGUGAACACGCAGACCGUGCUUUUCGACACGUUCACGCUGCUGCAGAACUACGGAAACGUGCUCCGAAUGGACGACACGCACGUGAAUUACACGCUGGUGAACUUCACGGAGACGGUGAACCUGACGGAUGCCAACGGAGUGCAGCUGGUGCACGAAAACACCACCGAGGUCAUCAUCACGCGGAUGGACAUGCACCGCCGCAUCGGCUUUCAGGUGUCGCUGCCCUCCACCGCGACCGUCGCGCGCGUGGCGGCCGUACUGGACAAAACCGGGCGUGUGGUCACCAUCGAGGAGCCGACGGGCGUGAACACAAAGUCGGACCCGGCCUUGUUCCAAGCGAUGAACGCCUCGACUGCCAUGAACAACGGGCUCUCCAUGGUGGACUCCCAGCUGAUCCUGCGAAAGUCGUAUCUGGAACCGUCACCUGUGAAUCCGGUGCGCUACUCGUUUCAGCCCUACUCGUGUAUCCGCUUGAAUGCCACGGACACGUUGCUAGCCGCGGCAGCAGCCGCCCGCGCGAAUUACUACGUGAAUGCAACCGCGAACGACACCUACUCGGCGUUCUAUUCGGACCUGACACUCACGGUUGAAGGCUUGGGAUCCACAACGGCAGCGGAACUGAACGCGGACAUGGGGCUCAUUGAGCGUAUAGCUUCAUUUUUGGUGAAUGCAACAAGCAAAUGAUAAUGAAUCUAUGGUGACGAUGAAGAUCAUGUACUUAAGUAGUCAUUUACGAAUUUUUUUUUGUACAGCGAUCAGACAGAUUCAGAUUAACCAUAACUUGAAGGCCAAGCCAAGCACGUGUCAACAUAGCGCUACCGCGACGAUUCUGUUGCAAUACAAAAAUAAACAGGCACCCGCGUCGCUAUUGCGGCAGGUAUCGGCAGUGCGGAUAUUACGGCGUUGGACGUGCAGGGCGUCGUGUAUUCCUUUCCUGCGCCAUUGGUGGCAUCAAGUCGCCGAUUGCUUUCCUCGUCGGACGAUAUUUCCAUCGCGCCGCGUCGCCUCCAGGCGUCGUCUGCGACCGUGAAGGUGAGUUUCGCGAUCUUGCUGGCCGACACCACCGCCGCGAGCACGCGCGCUACCUUGGCCAAACGCGUGGACGUGUCUGGUUCGGAGGCGGGCACCAUGGCGAGUACGUUCAAGACGAGUCUGACCACGCAACUGGCUCAAGCGGCCGCCGUGGGGCUGACGCUUGCGCUGGGCUCGGCCACGAUCAAGUCCGCCACGGUGUCGGCGACGCUGGUCGAAGUCUCCGGCAACUUCGACGUACUCUUGGCGCAAGCGGCGGCGGGUUCGGAUCCCGCACUCACAGGGUGCCGGACCUACCAAACGUUCUCCGCGAAGAUGACCGUCGAAAUGCUGCGGGUCGGCACGAACGCGGGCAACGCCACCUUGAACAGUGCCGAUUUGCUCUCGCUGGCAGCCACCUCGUUCCCGGCCGGAAUCGUACGCGGGUUCACCGCGGGCACCACGGGUGACGAAGUGUACGAGGGCGUGAUCGCUCCCACCGUCACGUCCCUGGACGUGACCAUCCUGCAGAAGCCCGCGUUUUCGCUGGCGACCGCAACCGCCGCCGUGAAUGUGCGCCAGCUGGCGGGCAACUACCCGUCGCCGACCGGUUUGCCGACGACGUCGCCGUCGAUGAUGAUGCAGCCGUUGACGCUGCUGGUGGACUACACUAUCACGCUGGACUACACGACGGCGAACCGGGACAAGAUGCUGGACGACCUGGCCAACACCUUCGGGCACCAGUACCCACUGCUUCCCGGGUUCACGCCGGAGGACGAGCCGUCGUUUCCCGACUGCGCGGUCACGGGGCGGUUCCCGAAAACCUUCACCUACCUGCAGAUCGACGCGACCCAGCACGGCUACUUCAGUGACUGCUCUGGCAGGCCGUGUACCAACACCUACUCCUUCCCGGAAGCCGACGUGGGGAAGUGCUCGCAGGUGUGCAGUGUGGAGGCUUUGUGUGUCGGGUGGGACCACGGGGUUGAACGCGGAACCGCGAGGUGCUACCUGCACAGCGUGCGCUCCGAGACCCUGGUCACGGGCUCGACCAGAUUCCACCCCUACAUUCUGCCCACCAAUUCGGUGCCGCUCAGCACCUUCAAGACCGCCUCCAAGGUGUGCAUGCUGGGCGCACUCGCCUCAUCCGUGUGUCCCGUGCCGGCCCGGUUCUGCGCGGCGAACCGGGAAAACUACGAGUACCACGACUGCGAUGGGGACGGUGUUCGCGAUCAUGUGUGCACCGAAUCUGACGGGCGGACGUUGUCCUUCGUUCCGUCAGCCAACAGCUGCAAGCCGUACGCAACCGCCGACCAAAACUCAGUCUGUCGGGAGAAAAGUACAUGUUAAUGUUUUUAUAGGGUCUUUUGUGUAAGAACGUAUAAAAGUAGGGCAUAACUUUAACUCUGUCUUCUCACGACUCAUUGUCAUCAAAGAAAUCUCCAGAUCAUGAUCUUGCUCAAGAGUCAACAUUCAAACGUACAAUGCCAUAUCGCUAGUGCCUCCAACUGGCCCGGAUCAAAAAUCCUGAAACAAAAAUCCUUUACAACUCAACAGCGGACUUCCUCCCCACCAACGGUAAUGCAGCCUGUCAGUACGGCGCUGCGGUGGGGCAUCACUGCUCGGACAUCGCUGCGCGCGCGCUCAAGUACCACACGAACGUGGUGACCGUGGAGGCUUGCCACGAUCUGUGCCAAGCCGAGCCCGCGUGCAAGGGCUUUUACCGGUACGCCGGCACGGAGGACCCCAACCGCUGCACGCUGAUGAAAGAGGCGUGCGGGAGCACCUCGGCAGGCGGCGCCAUGCAGUGGUACAGCAUUCCGUACGGCGUGAACAGUCUGGACUGCCAGUUCUACAACGCGACCGACGUGCCGGGGCAGGAGGCGAUCGACGCGAACAACAACGCAACAGCAUCGAAAAGCCGUUUCGAAGACGCCUUCGAGCAGCAGGUUUUACUCGGUUUGUCGUCCUUCGGGGAUUCCACCCUCCUCCUGCGGGAGGGCCGCGCCACCGCGGGCAGCCUGCGGGACCACGGCGCCACCGACACCUGCGAGUUUACCUACAACUUUGUGAUUUUAGAGCUGGAGAUGAAGUGGCUCACGCACGUCACGGUCUCAGAAGCGGACAUGAACACUUACAUGAAGACCCACGUCCAGACGGCGUUCCUGGACGGUUUCACUGAGGUGAACGCGACCCACCUGCACUCCUUCGAGCUCGAGUUUCUGCUCACGUCCGCCAACAACGUGACCACGCCGGUGAAUACCAGCCUCGGGCCGGACAACGAGACCUACUACGAAAUGGUGGACACCUUCGCGUUCAGUGAGGCUUUCGUUGAGCGCAAGGUGGCGGGGAAGAUGGUGCUGAAGUUCCGCGCCACCGGCGUGCCGGAGGACACGAGCGCGUACGCCCAGGCGCAAGCCACCUUCGCGACCACCGCGGCCGAGCAGAAUUAUUUCGCUUUGGUCCUGAACUCGACGAGCUUCCCGUCGGCUGCAUACAUCGCUGCCCUCACCGGGCUGCCGGGGACCAAGUUCACCGACGCCGAAAUGAUGACCACGCCGUUGCUGAGAACCAAGGGACCGGUGCUGUACGGCCCGAACACGGUCAGCGAAUACACCAAAAACGUGGAGGUGUUCACCUGCACGGACGAGACCCUGGCCUACAACGCCAGCGUCAACUUCCUCUUUCUCCUCGACGGGCAGCGGCACGCACCAUCCGAAUCGCAGUUGGUGGACGCGAGCUUCCGCUUCGACGAGCAGAUCGAGAACGCACUUUUGUUGCCGGCGACGGGGGAGUUCGUCGCGUACAGCUUUUACGACCUGAAGUCCACACAAACCUUUCUGUCCGACGGCGUGACGCUCACCUACCAGGAGCUCGACUACGCCGGGCAAACCAGUGCAAGUCACCUGGCUUUGCCGUUCCGACGUCGGUUGGGACGUGAUGAUGAUGGUGCUCUUCUUCACACGACCUCCGGGAUGAAAAAUGCAGAAGAUGCAGCGACACUGCAAGAACUUGUGGCACCGAUCGUCGAGGCCGCGGAGGACCGCAAUCUGCUGCUGGCCGACGCCGAGGAGCGCCGUCGGUCUCUCGCGGCCGCGGGCAGCGUGUUUUCGUACGUGUAUUUUAAAACCAACUUCUCUCUGUCGCUGGAUCGCGGUCUGGACACCGUGGAAAUGCUGCAAAUGUUUCUCUCUGGCAACCUGACCAAAAUGAUGUCGAACAGCACGGGUUCUUCAUCGGAGCCACUGCAGCAGGAGUUCGAGGCCAGUUUGGUGAAUUGGUGGGCGCAAAACGUGAUCACGAACUACACCACGGCCAGCGACAAGCAGCUGCCCACGGGGGAAUUUCUUUCGCGGAUGUCGCUGGUGUCGGCUUCGGUCGCGGGGAACGCAACGGGACCGCUGGCGACGCCGGGACAGUGUCUGAUUCGCACGGCCGCCACCACCACCUCCACGACCACCACAACCACGACCAUCAUCACGGUUCCCGUGGCCGGCACAGACAUCAUCUCCGCGAGCGUGCCCAUGACGCUGCAGAUUCCGGCAUCGAUGACGGCGGCGAUGGCGCUGCAGGACCCGACCUUGAAGGAGCAAAUCAUCAAGUCCAUGGCCGCGUCACUGGGCGGUUUGUCGGAGUCUGCCAUUCAGAACCUGCAGCUGACGGCAGUGCGCAGGCGGGCAGAAGAGGAGCGCCAGGUCGUGGACGAGUCCUCGUCUAACCGACGGUCCCUGCAGACCACUACUAGCAACCUCGCGGUCACGGUCUCCUUCUCUGCGGUCGUACCCGUUGCGCAGGCCACCUCGACGCAAUCGCUGUUGACGACGCCGACCUUUGCGAGCAGUCUGCAGUCCAACAUGCAGACCAACCUGGCCUCGACGAGCUACGGGGUCGCCUCCGUGUCGCCCGCCACCAGCGUCGCGUCCGUGACCUUCACGACCACGGCGGCCCCGCCGGCCCCAGCUCCUACACCGCCGGUCACCGCGGCACCAACGCCUACGCCAUCCCCGACUCCCGUGGGGACCGUGGCGCCCAGCCCCACGCCGGUGGUGGUGACCCAACCAAGCGUGCCGGUCCAGCCGACGCUGCCGACGCCGGCGCCGACCCCUUCGCCUUCCCCGACGCCCACGCCGACCACCGCCACGGGCACAGCGACCCCGUCCAGUUUCCACGAUGAGAACGACGACCCAGACAGCGUGGUCGGGAUCGUACUCGUGGUCUUGCUCGCCUGCGGCUGUAUCUUGGGUGGCGCGGCGUACUACGUCUACCACCACAUCAAUGACGCCGAGAAGCGCACUCCCAUCGGACGCAAUGCCCCCGCCGCCGAUUCUUAUCACAGGCAAAAAAUUGAGCAAAGGAAAGAAAAGCAAGAGAAAGUCAAGGAGGAACGCUUGCAAGCGCAUUUUGACGCACACGAGAACAUGAUAGAGCAGGCCAAAGCGAGGAGUAGUGCGGGGAGUGUGAAAGCGCUGGGGGACGUCGAGCUGUCAACUCUCGCCGUCGUCACCGAUGGUGAUGCAGUAUCCGGCAAGCGGAAAUCCGAGAAGCGGCGGUCUUCCGCUUCUAGGAGAUCCUCUACUAGAUCGUCCAAGUUGUCCGAGUCGUCAUUUUUACGUUCCGGGCCGGGCGGCCGGCGAUCAACAUUCGUCGAGCAGGACGGUGCUCCCGGCUGCGCGGUCUACUCCACGCGAGAAAGCGUCACUGCGGAGCCGGUUAGAGCUUCCGUUGUUGAAGUUGUUGACGAUUUGCAACCAGAUGUGCUUGCGGAUGUGCUUGCUAGUAAUCGGGGCUCGAUGGACAGCGACGAGGUGUAGAAAAACAUCUGGGCUUGUUUUGUCAGUUCCGUUGGAUGUGGCAAAUGUCAAGUACGAUAAUCAGACAGGAGACAAGAAAUGCACCUCUUACUUUUUUUUACGUUUUUCUUUAUUGAUGCUUCCACUCAUGAUGCUUUUUGUUCGUUAUCUUUUUUCUUUUUUUUUUCAAUGAUUUUUUUCGCCCAUGGUAAAAUAAGUUUGUACUUAAGUCAUUUUUUUUGUUUUGGUAAAAGACACGCAAGAGCACGUACGCGCAUAGAACCUUACACCACAGUUUUUUUUUUGUUUAUCAUGACAAGCCUAAUCGAAGCUCGAUUUUUUCCCUUUGAAAAGUAUAGCGAAAUUAAAAGAGAUGAUAUGUUACUGAAAUUCCACACCCCACUACUAGAGCAUCAACUAGCUAGUUCGAUCCCUCUUCUGCAUCGCAGUGUUGAUAUGUGUGCUUGCUCUUGCCCCACAGAAGCAAGCGUAGCACAUCGGAACAAUUGCGACCUCACAAGUGCGAGCAAUUGCACCAGCACUGCACCAGAUCACAAAAUACAUACAGCCCCAAUUUUCUAAAGUAACUGGCUUUUCGUUCCCUCCCAGUCCCAU